AGGGUGCAGCUGGAGGAGAUGCUGCUCAAUGGGGUCCUGGCUGCCUCCUACGAAGUCAACAUGACCUGCCCGCAGCCGGGGGACUACGAGAUCCUCACGGAUGGCAACGCGCACACCGAGCACCGGGCCGGCCGGGGCAACAGCGUCCACCGGACUCAGGCUGACGUCCGUGUCCCCCUGUCCCAGCCUGGCCUCUUGCACCACGUGUCCCAGUCCUCCCUCACCCUCCCGGGACCCCAGCUCGCUCCCCAAGCCCACUCGGAGCAGGUUCACCCCGUGGCUCAGACCCAGCCGAUCCUGGUGCACCCUGGGCUGCAGCCCCAACCCCAGUCCAGCCUGGUUCGUCCGGGGCUUCAGCCCCAGCCCGGCCAGGCUCGCCCAGGGCUUCAGCCCCAGCCAGGCAUGGGUCACCCCAUCGCCCAACCUCAGCGGGGCUUAAUACGCCCGGGCAUGCAGCCCCCGGCCCAGCCUGGGCUGCUGCGGCCCAGGGAUCAGCCCCAGCCGGGGCUUCUCCGCCCGGGGCUUGUGCCCCAAAACCAGCCCGGGCUUGUGCACCCUGGAGUUCAAACCCAACCGGGUCUCCUUCGCCCNGGGCUUGUGCCCCAAAACCAGCCCGGGCUUGUGCACCCUGGAGUUCAAACCCAACCGGGUCUCCUUCGCCCAGGGCUUGUGCCCCAAAACCAGCCCGGGCUGGUGCACCCCGGAGCUCAAACCCAACCGGGUCUCCUUCGCCCAGGGCUUGUGCCCCAAAACCAGCCCGGGCUGGUGCACCCCGGAGCUCAAACCCAACCGGGUCUCCUUCGCCCAGGGCUUGUGCCCCAAAACCAGCCCGGGCUGGUGCACGCUGGUGCUCAGACUCAAGCAGGUUUUGUACGCCCGGGAGCUCAGCCCCAAAGCCAGCCGGGCUUAGCUCACCCCAGCCUUCAGACUCACUCCCAAGCUGGUCUCCUCCGCCCUGGGCUCCAGAGCCAAGCCGGGCUGCCUCACCCCGGCUCCCAGCCCCAGUCCCAGCCAGGCCUGCUGCGCCCGGCUCUCCAGAGCCAAGCGCAUCCCGGCCGUCCCCGACCGGGUCUAGUGCGCCCGGGAGUCCAGUCCCGACCGGGUUUGGUACGCCCUGGGCUUCAGGCUCAGCCCCAGCCGGGUCUGGUGCGCCCAGGACUGCAGCCCCAAGCCCAGCCCGGCUUGCUGCGUCCCGGGCUUCAGUCCCAACCCAGUCUGCUGCAAUCCACGGCUCUCUUCUACCCCUCGGCAGGGGCAGGUAUGCCAACG